GUUAUGGGAACUCAGGGUUGACACCUCCUAUGCCCCUACAGGAGCCAGCAGGACAUGAAGAUCAUAGGCCUCCUCUUUCCUCCUCCUCCUCCUGCUUGCCCUGAAUGCCCCCACUGCAGCAGCUGUGGUGGCUCUUGGACUCCGACUACCUCAAGGAUCCAGUCUGGAAAGAUGCAGGCUGCUGGUGCCUGCCACCUAAGUUGGAGGCUGGGGGUGUGGGGCCUCUGCCCGUCUACAAGUUUCCAGAAGCCUCAGCACCUGUGAGUCCAUUGGGAAGCCCUGGCCAGUCUGAGAGCCAAGCCCAGGAACAAUCAGCAGUGAAGACGACCAGAUUCCCUUCUGAGGACGACCACCAUGACCCUCAGGAAGAGAUCAGCGCAGACAAAGAUGUGGGAGUCUCCUGUGGUGUCCCAGGGGAAACCGUCCCUGCUAGAGCUGCCUCUGAAAGAGUCCCUGCCCAAGGACUCCGGCCUCAAGGCAGUUCCCAGCACACAUACUCUUUACGUGGGCCACCUCAACCCCCAGUUCUCUGUGCCUGUGCUUGCCUGCUUGCUGCGAGACACCCUAGAGAGGCUGGAGCUGCCAGUGGCCCGGGAGCAAAUCGAGGUAGUGAGGCGGCCACGGAACACUUAUGCACUGGUACAGGUGGCUGCCCCCAAGGCAGUGCUGGCCUCCCUCCCCUGGCGCCUGCAGAUGGCCUUGGAGGAGCAACUAAUCCUCAAAGAGCUCACAGCCCGUGGCAAGGAGCUGGUACUGAGUGAGGGCUUGGAGUCCCUACACCACAGGGAGCAGGACGACAGCGGUCCAAGCCCAAGCCACAGCCCUGGCCCAAGCCCUGGCCCAAGCCCUGGCCCAAGCCCAGGCUUCAGGCGCCCACCACUGCCCCAACUGGCAGACCCUCCCCCUAACUGGGGCUCAGCUGGGCGUCGGCAGAUCUCUCAGAACCGACCCAGUGGCGUGCGCUCUGACAGUGCCAUUGUACACCAGAAGAUCCUGGGCCAGGAGCAGCUAUUCCAGGGAGCCUUCCUUGGCAGCGAGACACGGAACAUGGAGUUUAAGCGAGGUGGUGGUGAGUACCUGAGCCUGGCUUUCAAGCACCAUGUGCGGCGCUACGUAUGUGCCUUUCUCAACAGUGAAGGGGGCAGCCUGCUCGUAGGUGUCGAGGACAGUGGCCUGGUGCAGGGCAUCCACUGCAGCCACCGUGAUGAGGACCGCACACGCCUGCUGGUAGACUCCAUCCUGCAGGGCUUCAAACCCCAGGUCUUUCCCGAUGCCUACACCCUUACUUUCAUCCCUGUCAUAAGCACAACCAUGACCAGCGUGCCUCUCAAGGUACUCCGCCUGACGGUGCACACCCCCAAGGCCCAGGGUGAACCACAGCUAUACGAGACGGACCAGGGGGAGGUUUUUCUAAGGCGUGAUGGGAGCAUCCAGGGCCCACUGUCAGUUGGCGCCAUCCAGGACUGGUGCAGGCAGAAGUGGACGGCCGAGCUGAGCAAGCUGGAGGAGAAGGUGGAUGUGUUAACGCUGGAAAAGGAGCAGCUUCAGGAGCAGCUGAGGCAGCGCCAGACACUGUCCUGCAGCUGUUGUGUCCUGUGAGGAUAUGAGGAGGAUGGGGGCUAAGACUUGGAACAAAACAUACCUGGGCCAUCUCCUCUCUCAGCAUUGCACACACAGGAGCCAUGUGGGUUCACCUCAGAGUGGGCACAGUAACAUAGCUAAUAAACAGCUCUUGGCACAUC